GUCAGGCCAAAGACCUUCCUCAAUCCAUCAAAUUGGAAAGCGUGCGCCGAGCCAAGGAAAACGAGAAGGAAGAGAAAAGAGACAGUAGAAAAAGAGAAGUUGAGCUGAACAUUCUCCUUUCCUUCCCCUUCCACGCAGCCAUCAACCCCGGUAAAGCCUGCAAGAAAUGGGAUCUCUCGACUCGUCGUCGCUCAUAACGGGCAUCGCCCACGUCAAUCUUACUGUUCCGGUCGGCACACUCGACCAAGCUAACGAGUUCUAUGGGACAACUAUGGGCCUCACGCCUCGUGCGGUCCCGCACUUACAAAAAGGCACCUUAGCAUGGUUCGACAUUGGAUCCUGGGGACAGCAGGUGCACAUCGCUUUUGGGGCUCCCUCGGAUUUUGAGAAGCAGUCAUCGAGACAUCCCUGCUUUAAGUUGGCCUCUCCCCAGGCGCUCUUGCAGUUGAGGCAGAGGAUCUGGGAGCAUUUCGUGAGAGGAGGCCAGGCGGCACCGACCGAGGCGGAUAAGCCCGGAGAGGCCAAUUCUGGAGCCCAAGGCGUGGAAUAUCCGCAACGAUUCUUCGCGAGAGACUACGCCGGGAACAGGCUGGAGUUCAGUGUGUAGGCCGUUUGCAUCCACCAUUGCAGGGACGGCCAUACAAGCAGGGCUCGUUGUGGCGGAUCGAAGCAAACCAACAACGACCCUUCAGCGACAAAAACUCGACAGAGUACCGAGGGCUGUGAACCAUUUGUUGGUGGGAUUGACGACGGCAGGCCUGGACCAGGAGACUGGGAUGUUGUGACAAUGUCUUCUUGUGCUGUUUCUCUUGGCCUUGGAGAUAUGAUGUUGGAGAUAUGAUCGUGACGACUGUUGUAUGUAGGUUCAGCAUCAGAAGCAGGGGGAUUCCGUGGGCGCUGGUCGCAUAUACCGAACCGCAUUUCUCCCACACUCUCUUUACAAUCAGUGUUUUAUCAUCUCAACGUCAAUUGGGACUUGCCCUUUGGAUUAGGCAAUCUUGGUCGAUGCGAUGUACAUGGUUUGGGCUGCUCAACUGGCCGAUUUGUUCGUUCCCGUCCUCUGGCUAUUGAUCGCCCAUGAUGUCCCCUAUCGACCCC